AUGUCAGAAUCACAAGCCUGGGUAUUUUCGCAACGGGGGCUUCCCUGGGAUGUCCUAUCUUUCACAAGUCAACCCAUCCCAACUUUACCACCUCCUCUUCCGUUGCCCAAAGACGCACCGAACCCGGAAGAAUGGAUUGUUGUCAAGGUGGCCUUUGUAGGCCUCAACCCAGGCGCCAUUUUUCAGAUGAACCUCGUCCCACCAUUCAUAAGACAUCCAUCUUGUGUUCCUGAAAUGGACUUCUCAGGUACCGUGACUGACGUAUGGUCUCCGGAUGAUGAGUCCGUGUCAGCACCAACGAGAAGAUUCAAUAAGGGGGAUAAGAUCCUCGCCAUGCUGCCAGCUAGCCAUACUUUGCCUACUGGAACAGGUGCUUUAGCUGAAUAUGUUCGGAUUCCAGCGCGAUAUGCUGUACACAAGCCCGAGGGUGUGAGCUUUGGUGAUGGAGCGGGCUGUUUGCUAACAGGCCUGACGGCAAGGCAGUUGGUGCGCGAGUCGGGAGCGAAGCAAGGUGACCGCGUGUUAGUGAAUGCUGCAAGUGGCGGAAUAGGCUCUUUGGUCGUACAGAUGCUUCGAAAGGUGGUUGGGGCUGAGGGGUACAUCGUCGGAAUCUGCAGCGGCAAGAAUGCUGAGUUAGUGCAGAGCCUUGGAGCUGAUGAGGUCAUCGAUUAUACGCAGCACAAUCCCUUGGCGCAGCACUUGACAGAGAAAUUCUCAUCAAAGCCCUUCAACACUAUCAUCGACACACUUGGCAACCAAGCGCUAUACCUUGCCUCACCCACAUACCUUGUUCCGGAUGGCAACUAUUCUUCCGUCGGUAUAAAGCCGCCCACAUUCUUUGUACCAGACUUCCUCCGCGCUGUGCUGCAAAUGAAGCUCAACGAAUGGUGGCCUGUAUCGCCCUGGCUCGGCGGCGUGGGACGCAAAUGGAUAGGCACGUCCAUGAUGAACCCUACGCUCCAAGACCGGCAGGCUGUAGCGGAUAUGUUGGGUCGAGGCGACAUUAGACUCGUGAGAGACAGCGUCUGGGCGUUUUCUGACACCAAGGAGGCGUAUAGGAAACUUGCCGGACUGCACGCCAGGGGUAAGAUCCUGGUAAAGGUGGAUGGGCAAGUUGGGGACAUGGACGAUUGA